GUUUGAGAAGCACUCUUGUAACGAACUUUCACACAUUCAAAAAUCCACACAAAAAACUUUCACGAAAGCUUCGCUUGUCAGUCACACUGGCACGCCUGCAAGGUCACGUGCAUGCCAGUGAGUGAAGUCAUGGUGAGUGUUUAGCAUUUUGCUAGGGUGAAAAUGGGUGUUUUAGUGUGAUUUUCCGGUGAAAUUCACGAAAUAGUACAUGAGAAAGCAGCUUUAUCACACUUGUAAAUAAUACCUAUUGUAAAGUAUUGUUAAAUUUUAUCGAAAACAUCGCAUUUUAGUGGAGAUUACCAGUUGAAAUGACUUCUAGAGGCGAGGGAUUGCGCGAGAGAUUGGGAAGUUACAAAGCUUACGUCUCGAAAGUCACGAUAAAUGGCUUGGAGAGGACGAAGGAUGACUAUGUGCACAACACCCUGAAGGAGUGCUAUGACAUCACAAACGUCCGGGACUUGGUGGAGAAGGUGAGAGAAGUGAGAGAGCUUCUGCUCUCAAUGGGGGCCUUCCGGGAGAUCAGGGCGAAGAUUGACGUAACGCCGGGCACAAAGUACGGCUACGUGGUGGACUUCUAUGGCGUGGAGAGUCGCCGGAUAAAGGGAAAUGUGUCCACGGAGAUGAAUCAGUACGAAAUGGUGUCCAAGGCAGAGAUUCUCCUGCCCAAUCUUGCCGGAAGAGGCGAGAGUCUGAGCUUCGAGUAUGCGUACAGCAACAGCGAUCAGAGUCGUCGCAAUUUGGGCUUCAAUGUGAAGCUGACCAAACCUUUUCUCCACCGCAAGCUCAUCGGAAAGUAUCGACCACAGACAUUUUUGCAUUUAUUCGACAACACCUCGAAGAACCACAACAACUCCUACACAAAUCAUCAAGCUGGCGGCACUCUGAAUCUAGUAUUUAACACGUCAAACCACCUUCAGCACACACUGCAGUAUGAGCUCUCCUUCCGCGAACUCGCGGGCAUCAAUCGCCAAGUGCCUCUCUUCGUCCGGCAACACUUCGGACCACGCCUGGCAUCAAUUGUGCGCUACAUCAUGAAGUACGACGAUCGCCAGGAUCGAAUCUUUCCCCGCAGCGGAACAAUGUUGUGGACAACACUGGAGAGCAGCGUCUUCCGAAAAGUCGGCGAUAUCCACUACAUGUCGAUAACGUCACACUUGGAGCGGAAUUUGCCUCUCUUCUGGAACAUGUCACUGCAAAUGACAGCCCGCGGUGGAUUCCUGAGAGAGCUCAGCCCCGAAAAGCCCAUCCCAAUCAACAGUCUCUUCACCAUGGGUGGCCCAUAUUCACUGAGAGGCUUUGAAUUUGGCGGCGUGGGGCCACAAAUUGAGGGACACUCUCCAGGAACACACAUGUUUUGGGCAACUGGACUUCAUAUCUGGGCUCCAUUGCCUUACAGUAGCUACUUUUACAAGUUUGCCCGCUUCUUUAGGACGCAUUUAUUCUUCAACUGUGGCAAUGUGGACUCUAAUUUAGACACAAUGAGAAGUGCUGCUGGAAUUGGUUUGGCUGUGGCUCUCGCCCAAUUUGCGAGAAUCGAGCUCAAUUUCACACGACCAAUUCACACCCAGAAGGGCGACAAUGUGGCUAAAGACGUUCAAUUCUGCCUUGGACUGGACUUUAUCUGAAUUUGUAAAGAGAGAGAGAUGAAAGCUCAGCGAAAAACAUUGUUAAAAAGUGUCUUUUUGUUAGAGGAAUGUUGCAAAUGAAGCUUUCGUAAAGUUCCAUAAAAAAUGUGGAUUUCACUCAUA